AUGAAGGAGCUUGACCGAAGUGGAGAACUCUUAGCAUUGUGCUACCGUGAACAGUGGCCCAAGGCUACGCAACUGCUUAGAGAUGAAAACCUGACGGCCAGCACAGUUGCUUCAGCGCUUCAUCAAGCGGUUAUUGCCUCUCGAGAGGAGGUACUCUUAUUUUUGCUGGAAACUGCACCACGAGAACUCCUGAAAGUAAAUACAUCGGUACAAAAGGACGGCAAGACGCUACUUCAUCUAGCGCUCGAAAAUAACAAUAUCCGGUUUGUCUACGCCUUGUUGUCCGCAGGUGCAGAUGUGUCAAUUCCGGACAAAAAGGGUGUGAGGCCCAUGGAUCUCAUGACUUGGACUGCUGUAAUACACCCUACCGUGAUGGUACCGUUGCAAGACAAUAUAUUACACACUCAGCAGCAGAAUGAGCGGCAGCGCGAGCAGACUAGUGCUCUUAACGAGGUCAUUGCUUCAUUGAAGUGCGACGAGCAAAACCUUCUCAGUCGAUCACAUGAAAUCCAAGCGGACGUCGCUGCAACACGCGCCUUUCGAGUAGAAGUGGAGGAACAGAUUCGUCGCGCUGAAGUGACAGACCGUGAGUUGAUCACAUCUAUUGAUGCGGAGGAGGUCAAGAUCCAGUGGAUCCGUGGAGAAGUGGCUCGAUUGCAUACUCAAAACGGGACGGCAGAUCUAGAAGUGGCUCGGAUUAAUGAUGAAACAGAGCGGUUUACUGCUGCCACUGCCUCGCUUCGUGGGAAGUUCGAGCUCCAGCAACAAGGUAGAGAUAACGUGGCAGCACAACGUGCUAUCAAGUGUGAGAUGGUCGGCAUGUUACGUCGAUUUCCAGGCAACGAGAUGUUGCAGACUCGAGCAUUACGAGCUCUGUUCGUCAUGUGUAAAAAGCCAACCGUUCGACGGCAAUUGUUAGUUUGUGGACUUCAGAACGCGUUAGUCGAAGUUCUGCAGCAACUUCCUCGUCAAGCAAGUGUUUAUUUGGGAGUUUGUCAGUUAAUCACGUUGCUAUCAUCGACUGCUAAUAAGUCUGAAGGUAUGCAAAGAUGGCAUACGAUGAAGCUGGUGGAGGCCAUGCUGGCCGCUUGUACCUCUGUCGAAGCAGCUUCACCUGCUAUAUCUGAUGAAAUUCAUUGCACUACGUCAGAUGCUUUUGAAGUGCUCAAGAAGAACCCUCAAUUAAAUGAUGUGGACGUAAAAGAGUUAUACGGAUGCAACUUCCCGACUACGUGA